AUGGCUGUUACCGGAAGCGACAUCUGCAAGAUCAUCCUUGCCAUCAUCCUACCACCUCUGGGCGUCUUCUUGGAGCGUGGAUGCGGUGCCGACUUACUCAUCAACAUUCUAUUGACCAUUCUAGGCUACCUACCCGGUAUCAUCCAUGCGCUUUACAUCAUCCUCAAGUAUUAA